GCUUCCCCAUGCUAUCUGACUGCAAAGAUUCUAGCUAUGAGCCCAUGAUUCUAGAGGGAAGGGAUGGGACACAGCAACUGGCAAUCAGGAGCCAGUCGGUCUUUCAGGACAAGCCUGGCCAAGUUGGUUCCGCCCAGCCCAGCGGGCGGGACCCAGAGGUGUGCGGCUGGAAAGGAGCAGGCACAAAGAAACCAGCCAGAGCCAGCUAGGUCUCAGAUAAUCCCCACUUCCAACCGGCAACCUAGCAUUCCUGUGGAAUUGGGAUGAGGUGACAAUGGCCUGGAUCGGGGGUUUCAAGCCUGGUCUUUGCUUUCUGCUUCUACUUCUGUUUUACCCGUUCAGCGCGACGCCAGGCGAGAAUGGACACUGGACAGAGGUUCAUUCUGGAGGGAGGCAGAUGAGAGAGAAGUGGGAGAAGGACAGAGCUGUGACCAACUUCUUCAAGAAGGUCUCCAUGGGAGACUGUCGGGUCUGGCUUCAGGAUUUCUUGGUGUGCUGGGAGGAAAUGUUGAAGACCACGGCAUCACCAAAUGAAGCUCCCCUCAGAGUCAACUCCUUGGCCACAGCCAUCAGGCACAUCACCUGGAUCCUCCCGUGCUCCUCACCAGUUUCAUCAUAACUGUCUUCCUGGGCUGAGUCCUUUCCAGGAGCAGGUACUGAGGGCAGAAUUCAGAGGGAAGGCAGGGGCACAGGGCCUGGUGUGAGGCUGGGGGAGGUGAAUCCCAGCCAACCCCUGCCCCUCACUGAACCUCCUCAUCCUGGAAAUGAGCAGGGGGAUAAGACCCCAUAUCACCUGAGAGCAAGAACUGCAGACCCAACUCCAAAGGCCUGUUCUCACAGGAAGUGGCCUGGGUCAAGCAGGCAAGGCUGGAGCCCCACAGCAGAGACUGUGGGAAGGGCUGAGGCCAGGCCUGUGCUCUUGGAGCAGCAGCAGUUGUGACUCAGUGUGGCCUGCACAUCACCAGCCUCCUGGGGACCCAGAGCCUCCAUCACUGAGCGGCCCUGCCUUGAGCAGAGGUGACAGGAUGGGUGAGCCUGAGCUGGGGUGGAGGUGCCCAGCUGGGGGCACCAGGAAGAGAUGGGGGGCAGGGACCCUGGUCCUGAGAGCUGUGUGUGCUGGCUCUGAGGCUGGAGGGGAGCGAAGGAAGGAGGUUUCCCUGCAACCCCUCAAGGCUGUCAGGAAGCAAGGCCCCUCCUCCCCGGACCUGCCUCAUGAGGGAGGAUCAGGACAGGAGUAAAGGGAGCAAAUGGAUUCUUCACUUGCUUCAGGCCUGAGCCUAAGCAGGUGAUCUGUGUGUCAGGGAAAGGUUCUCAUGCACAGACCUGGGGGACAGGGGCCUGGGUUUAAUUCCUGGGAAGAGGCAACACGGGGGACCUGGUAGCCUCAGUGGAGGAGGCUGGUGAAGAGGUAAGUGACUGGGAGAGCAGGAGAGAGACAGAAGGACAGCCUUAGAGUCCUGGUCAGGACAGCCAGGUGGGGGAAGACGGGGCUCUCUGGACAGGCUUGGCCACCCCAACCCGUGCAUGCUCCUGGCACCUAGACACAGUGCAGACCCCAGAUGAGAGUGGAAUCAACCAGCAGGUGAUUUUAAUGGGUGUCAGCAACAGAACAUACUUCCAAAAACAGUGGUCAUGAUGAAAUUAUCUGAUCGCUUUGUGUUUCUUUCUUAAACUUCUGCACGUGUAGUUUCCACAUAUGUCGAUAGGAAUCCCAGCCUCACUGAAUGAGAAGACAUAAAUGGGGCACUGCCUGUGCUGAGGUCUCAGCAUACUCCUAGUUCAGAGCUCAGUUACCCCUGAAGUCAGCAAAGGCCAGCAGCCCCAUGAUAACAAAGAGAUGGAGCCCUCUGUCACAGGCUUUGACCUCUCUAGGUCAUUAACAAUCUCUUUGGAUGGAAAUAAUGACCAAAGACAAGGACCUAUUUACCUAUUUACCAAGAAUUAGGAGGCCUUGUCAGUCUCUGGCUUCACUCUUCAUCACCAGAGAGCCCUGAGAUGAGAAUUCUGAGAUAUUAAAACACUGGUUGGAGGUUGUGCAAAAGAAAACGAAUGAGACAAACGCCAAGGGAAAAAAAAGUCUUUCAUAGUGGUUACGAGUGUCAUUUGGAGAACAAAAAACCUUAAGACGUCUCCAGGUGGCCGACAGUGGCAGCUCUGGAUCCCAGUCUCCCUGCCAAACUUGGAAAGAGACACUCCAAGCUGAGUCCUCAAACUUUUUCUGAAGAGCAGUUACAUUGGUCCACAAAAUGUCUUGGGCUCCCCUGGAACAGAAACAACUAGAGAACGUACUGUUGGUGGCACUGCAGGUAAUGGCUGUCUUCUAUCCCUUUCAUGUUGUUGUUCAGUCACAUCUGACUCCUGCGACCCCACAGAAUGCAGGAUACUAGGCGCCUCUGUAUUUCACUAUCUCCCAGA